AUGCAGAUCAACGUGUUGAAUCCGCAGUAUGCUAUUGGACUGUCUCGAAGCAAUGUAGCGCGGGACGAGAGGCCAAGAUGGAAGCGUGCAUGCAGUGCAGGGGGUGUGGGGCCAAGGGAGCGCACCGGGGCGGCGGGACAGCUAAGAGGACGGGCGGAUGCUUGCAUUUUCGGCUGUGAUGGCCGAAAUGCAUUAUCAGCAACUUGGCUUCAAAAGGCAUCCACAUUUACUGCAUAUUAUCAGCAUCAGAAGAUCCCGUUGCCGUGUCUCACCGCUAUGAGCUAUCAGUCAGCCAGCAAGCAGCAAGCAGCAAGCAACAACAACAACAACGAUGACAAAGACCAACGAUAUCGACAAGGACAGAGCGACAACAUGGAUGCCAGGGGCUCCCGGUUCGACGUUCUCAAACCUUCGAGGGAUGGGAUGGAUGGCUUCCGAGGCUACGGGUGGACUGUGAAUAGUGGACUUGUGGACACGGACGCACGCGGUGCAUGGUGCAUGGGUGUAGUGCAUCCUGUUAUGAUGAUGAUGAUGAUGUGUCCGCACAAAUGGUUUUCUUCGCCAGACUCACAACGUUCGGCCCCAAAGCCUGAGCGCACCGUAGAACAUUGGGACAGUCCCGUUCCUGGUACCUAUGAGUACGUUCCUGGCCGUGGAUGGUCGCUCAUUGCCAUCGACCAGCCCGCCGCGACGUUGAUCAAGCCCAUUUCUGUCAAGUACUCUCGUGUGUUGAAGCGUCACCUCCUCAUCGACGACUACAACGACCGCAAGCGUGUUGCGCCCAUCAAGGACUCCAAAGGCCGGACCAAGGAAGUUGGCUUCUUCCGGCUCGACGACGGCACUGCUUGGGUCAACUUCACGGACAGUAACGGCGAUUUUAUUCCCGGACCAUACAAGCUUUGGAUUCCCGAUGCGCGUACCGGGAAAUUCAGAGACAUGUUGAAGGGCGAUUCUCCGGAAUGGCGUGGCCGACAAGCCAGCCGUGCUCCCUCCUUGGCCCCAUCUCACUGCAGCGCUUGCAGUCCUGGUCCGGAGCACAAAGGACGCAAUGCUCCAAUGAGUCCCUAUGCUACUACUCCUGCUGCCUCUCGUCCUAACAGCAUAGACGCCAAGGACUUCUUCUCACACGUCUCCGCCGCGAGAAUCGGUAGCAAUGCUUCGUCGUCGCAGAGCAGUUCCAGGAACCUGAGCGUCAGUGCCACCCUCACCACGGCUCCCACUACUCCCAGUGACAGUCUUCAUGAUGCCAUGGAGCUCUCUUCCAAGCUCGAGGCAAUUGGACAACAUGCUCGAGAGGCUUGA